GACCCCGUGUGAAAACUCCGCAGGUUCGCUGUCUGGCUGGGCUCCAAGAAGAAAGCCGAAGAAGACCCAGCAGCGUGCGUCCGCACUGCUCUUUUUUCUUCUUGUUUACAAUCCAGCCAGGCAGCCGACGAGACGAGCGGCUUCACAGCACAGUCCCCUCCUUAGGACAUCUGCUGGACGACUCGCAAGCAGCAGCCGCCGUACAACGUUAAUCGAGAAGCUUCGCGUCCGUCGACACCACGUCUCCCGCGCCUCGGGGGAACGGCAGCAUCCCGUCGACUGGGGCGCUACGCUAUGGGGGACACUGGGCUACCGGAACGCCCGCACUUCUCACUGCAGCGACACAACUGAGCGCACUGACUGGAGCGGCGGGCAUGCUCGUUGCUGGAGCCCAAUGGGAGAGGCCCGACGAAGUGCGGAAUGAUUACCUUAGAGGCCUGAGCCACCUGAAUCCAGCAUGUACGACUCGCCGGCGUCCCUCCAGGAGUGCUGCAUCGACUUCAUCUGUGAUAACAUUGAUGCCAUAUGUGAGGUCCAGGCGGAUGAGCAGCAGCAGGCGGCGCGGUACUCGUUCCGAGACCCGGACGUCUUCUUCCACCGGGAGGUGUCACAGCAGGUGCUGGAGACGCUCAGCACACGUGGCCUGCUCAAUGACAGCAUCCUGACGCUGUUUGAUGCACGCUACACCCGUCUUCAGAGGGUGCGCAUACACAAUGCAGCUAACGUCACCACCAAGGGUCUACGAGUGCUGCGCUCGCACAAGCUGACGGAGCUAGAGGCCACUGGCCUGACCCGGGUAACGGUCAACGACCUGAUCGGCUGCUUGGGUGAUUGGUCGCUGGCCCACCUGCGUCUGCUCAAUGUGGCGCGCACGGCCUUCACCAGCUCUAAGUUCUGCGUCGUGGUGGCGCUGUCCAAGCUGCGGGGACUCACCUCCCUCAACGUCAGCGGCACCGAGUUCAACCGUCACGGCCUCGACAUCGUGGCCCAGGACUUGCCCCUCCUCGAGGUGCUCGACAUCUCGGGCACUCGCAUCAAGGACAUCUCUCCACUUCUUCGCUGCCGUGACCGCCUGCGGUCACUUAGCAUGUACAACCUGAAGAGCUGUGGUGGUGAGGAGGCGGUACUGUGCCAACUGCAGCGGCUGCAGCACCUGGACGUUUCAGACGACCGGGACCACCCGCUUGACCUGCUGCACCCGCUGCGGCAUGACGUCUCGUGGCUACUGCGGGACCCCCAGAGUUUCCCGCACCUCGUCUCUCUGGACUUGUCCGGCAAGGACGGACUGACUGUCGAAGCUCUCAGGAGCUUCUUGGAGGCCCACCCAAAGAUGACCUUCCUGGGCCUGGUGCAGACGGAUGCGUGCUUCGACGACUUCUUCACUCGAGAACUCCCUGCAAACUCUGACCUUGUGAUAACCGGUUGCGCCGAUGAACGGCAGAUCCUGGAGGCCCUUAGGAGGUACCCCGAUCGGCCCUACUAUGUACAGAAGUCACUCUACUACCUCUACCAGUACACACUGACCUACUCACAGCCACGGGUCGACGUCAUCAAGCUGAUCUUGCCGGGUAUGGCGGAGCACCCGCGGGUGCUGGCCAUCCAGAUGGCAGCCACGGCCUGCCUGUACAACCUGUCCAAGGGAACCCUGGGGCAGAAGGUGCACCCGCGGUGGCUCCGCCAGAUCGUUGACCUCACCCUCACAGCCAUGGAGAACUUCCCUCGGAACCAGCAGCUCCAGAAGAACACACUGCUCACGCUGUGCAGCGACCGGAUCCUUCAGGAUGUGACGUUUGAUCGGUACCACUGCGCUCGGCUCGUGAUGGACUCUCUGCUGGCCUUUGAUGACCCAUCAAUGAACCGGAUGUCGGUGGCCAUCUGCUCCAUCCUGGCUGCCAAGAUCUCAACUUCGGAGACAUCGUCCCUGGGUGCCAAGCCAGAGUACAUGGAACGCUUGCUGCGCAUUGUCAAGAGCAAACUGUAUGCUGGCGAGGUGGACAUCAUGAUGAAGUUUACGCUCAGUGCCCUCUGGAAUCUGACGGAUGAGUCGCCCAAGACAUGCUCGGUGUUCUUGUCCAAGGGAGGCAUGGAGCUUUUCCUUAAUGUUCUUGAGCUGUUCCUUGGGGAAAGUGCCGUAGAAACCAAGGUCCUUGGUCUUGUGAACAACAUUGCUGAGGUGCCCAGCUUGCGGAGCGACCUAAUGAAGGACAACCUCAUGUGUAUCUUGCGGAACUUGUUGCACUCGACCCAGAUCGACGUGAGCUACUUUGCAGCUGGCAUCGUGGCACACCUGGCUAGUGACGGGCCCGAGCACUGGAAUGUAGAAUGCGUCAGCCUCAAGGACAUGCUCAAGGAGCUGGGUGAAGUGGUUCAAGGCUGGAAGAGCCCGGAAACUGAAAUGGUGGCCUACAGGUCGUUCAACCCAUUCUUCCCGUUGCUUCGGUGCAACACAUCUUGCGAAGUGCAGCUGUGGGCGGUCUGGGCCAUGCACCACGUCUGCUCCAAGAACCCCAAGCGCUACUGUACCAUGUUGCGGGACGAAGGAGGCAUCGACGUGCUCCAAGGCAUGCUGGACAACCCAGACACCGACCCGGCCGUCGCCACCAUCUGUCAGAACAUAGUGGCCGUGGUGCAAAGCCAGGAGAAGCUUGCCGCGGCCGCGGGCGCGACAGCAGCGGCCGCUGUCGCCGCGACCAGCGGCCACCACGACGCUGCCGGACAUCUUUCAAUGACAGCGGCGCCCUGGUCCGGGAGUGUCAUCGCACAUCUAGGUCAACUCCUUAACUUCUUCCCCUUGUGGUGCCGUGACGCACCCGUUUUAUUCAAGGCGGGACUGUUGCGGCCCUUAGCUGCCGAUUGUUCACGGAGACUUUCCUGUGGCAGACACUCAAGCCACCGCGGUUUCUCCCCGCUGCACAUCAGUUCUGGUGUCUCAUAGCUUACGUAGCUGUGGUCAUGCAUGCUGUACAGUCUCGUGGGAGGGGGUUGCCGCUCACUCCAUAUCUUGUGGAAGCAUUUGCCUGAUCGUUUCCACAGCGGCUCUUAAAAUUGUGGAAGCUUCUGGGCAAUUAUGGCCCACUGACUUAGUCUCUUAAGUUAUUGAAGUUCGUUAAGCACAUGUCGGUGCAAUUGUGGGCCUCACAGUCACUCUCACUCUCGUUUGUAGGUCAAGUAAUGCGUUGCGUGAUCAAAUAGAGAAGCGUAGAUUCCGGAGACCAUGCGCUGCGACCGCCAGCCCUCGGAACUUGGCGUCUCUUUACCGUCGACCCUUUUUCUGACUGCCAGUCUCUUGCCGCUUGGCUUGCGAGGGAGGUGUACCAUGAUGGGCACGUUCAAAAAGCGAAGCCCCGAAACUUAGUCUCUUUCUUUUUUUUUUUCGUUCCUCAUUUCAUUGCUCUUCUUUGUGCACUGAGUAACCGUGUGUUGCAGUGUGGUUGUAGUGUUCACUCCUGCUGAACAGUAUCGCACCAUUACUACAUUCCCCGUGAGUGAGUGAGUCAUGCAUCUUUUCAGCGCGAUACGUGCGCAGUGGUCUGGCGAGUGUAGUUUCGUAAAGUGCGCUUUGGCAUUGCGUGUGUACCUUAGGAAAUAGGCAUGUGUGUCGUUGCACUUGACGGUGUGUUGAAAUUCCAAUGUGAGCUUGCCAAAUCGUGUGUGAGUAGAAAAAUUUUUCUUUAGGUAACCCUUCGACCAUAAAUAAAACCUUUUUCAUGAAGUCA